ACAAAGCUGACGGUUUUCGUCCUUGUCACCGCCUAUUUGGUUCUGCUGAUCUGUCCUCCUCCUCUUUUCGACCUUCUCUCGCUCCUCUUCUCUACAUAUUUCCAUCUCACGAACCUUUCUUUAAGCAGGAGCCCGAUCCCAAGUCCCACAGCUACGAAACACAGACGUCAUAAUGGAAGCCGUCAAGCAGACACUGCACAUUGGCACCACCGCCAAGCAGGCCCCUCCACGGGUGCCUUCGAAGGAUGAGGUCUCAGCUCUCAAGGAGAAAUAUGAAAAGGCAGGCCAGGAGCAGGUCUUCACUUUCUACGACUCCCUUGCCGAAGACGAGCAAGCCAGCCUGUACCACCAGCUGGCCGGCUUCGACCCCGAUUAUAUCAACACCAUCACCCAGAAAGCCCUCCACCCGCCUGCCGCCGAUGACAAGAAAGCAGAACUCGAGCCUCUCCCCGAGUCUGCCACGGCGAGUAUCAUGGACUCUGAUGCGGCAGACCUCGAAAAGUGGUACAAGUCCGGCCUGGACCUUACGGCGAAGAACAAGGUGGCCGUCGUCCUGAUGGCGGGUGGGCAGGGUACACGGCUGGGCAGCUCUGCGCCCAAGGGCUGCUUCGACAUCGGCCUACCGUCACACAAGUCCCUCUUUCAGAUCCAGGCGGAGAGGAUCCGCAGGCUAGAGGUCCUGGCACACAAGCACGCAGGAUUGUCUCAGGACAAGAAGGUUGUGGUCCCCUGGUACGUCAUGACCAGUGGGCCCACGCGGGGCCCGACAGAGGCCUUCUUCGAGGAGCACAAAUACUUUGGUCUGGACAAGGAGAACGUCAUCAUCUUCGAGCAGGGCGUCCUGCCUUGCAUCUCGAACGAGGGCAAGAUCCUGCUUGAGAGCAAGGGCAGGGUGGCGGUCGCCCCCGACGGCAACGGAGGCAUCUACCAGGCGCUGGUCGUCUCGCCCGUGCUGGGCGACAUGCGCAAGCGAGGCAUUGAGCACAUCCACGCGUACUGUGUAGACAACUGCCUGGUCAAGGUUGCCGACCCUACCUUCACCGGCUUCGCUGCGUCCAAGAACGUCGACAUUGCCACCAAGGUGGUGCGGAAGCGUAACGCCACCGAGUCCGUGGGCCUGAUUCUCCAGAAGAACGGCCGCCCGGAUGUCGUCGAGUACAGCGAAAUUGACAAGGAGACCGCCGAGGCCAAGGACACCAAGCAGCCUGACGUGCUCAAGUUCCGCGCCGCGAACAUCGUCAACCACUACUACAGCUUCCGCUUCCUCGAGACCAUCCCCAGCUGGGCCAAGGACCUGCCGCACCACGUUGCGCGCAAGAAGAUUCCCUAUGCGGAUCUGAAGAGCGGCGAGACCGUCAAGCCCGAGAAGCCCAACGGCAUCAAGCUGGAGCAGUUCGUGUUUGACGUGUUCCCCAUGCUCGAGCUGAGCAAGUUCGCUUGUCUAGAGGUGAAGCGCGAGGAUGAGUUCUCGCCGCUGAAGAACGCGCGGGGUACGGGUGAGGAUGAUCCUGAUACCAGCAAGAAGGAUAUCAUGGGCCAGGGUAAGAGGUGGGCAGAGGCUGCGGGUGUGAUCGUGACUGGUGAGGGCGAUGGUAUCGAGGUGUCUCCUCUUGUGAGCUAUGGUGGCGAGGGUCUCGGACACCUGAAGGGUAAAGAGAUUAUUGCACCAGCUGUGGUGGCCGACCCAGUAGAGCAGUAGGGGUCCUGGAGACUCUUUAAUUCCUUGUAAAGAAAGGAAAGACAAAAUGGAUAGAAGACGUGGUAGAUAUCUCGACGCAGCGAAUCGAUUCUAGAGCAAAAAUAGGAACAAAACAUUGAGAAAUUGUGCUGGACCGGAUGGAAAGUUUGACCUCCAAUAGCCUCAAAUCGUAUGUUGCUGUAUAGACCAGGUUGGUAUCUCGGCCUGUCUUUGGUGAAGAGGCGCGAUACAGUUUAAGGCCGCUUCAAUUUUACUCGCAUGGGUCGACCAGGAGGAAGGCGAAAAUUUGACGGGACCACUUGGCAUCCUGUCUCUUCAAUCUUUGUGCAAAGGGCAUGUAGUCUAUUGCCACGCAAUUAACCAACGCCUCUUUCUUCAGUGUAUUUCUUCUAUGCACCGCUGGCAUGUCAAAAGACUCCAACGUAAGACGAUGAAUACCAAAUGCUAGUAAACGCCUGACCAUCUUUCUGGAGAAUCACAUGGUUUCGGGUGCACUCCGCUGUCCAUCAACGUCCAUCGCCUGGGAAAGGAACUCGCGAAUCCAGGCCCUGCCAUCUCGCAGCAUGCCGUGCCCACCAGCUCCCCUUCCCCGUCCCCUGCGUCCCCCGCUCCAAUUGCCAAACCCCCUCCCCCUUUUCCCUCGCCUACGAGCUGUUCAGGUAGCUGAGGUAGCAAUUCCACCCGAUACUGAUGACAUUGACGAAUAGCACGCGGUGCUCCAGCGGGACCAUCUUGAAGUUGACGGCCUGCACGAACGGCCACACCAUGUAGUUAGUGGUGAGCGCGUUGGUGUAGUUCUUGUCGAGCUUCUCGCCGACGGAGCCGCCCUCUAGCACGGCCAUGCUCGACAGGAACAUGCCGAUGGCGCAGGGGGCGAAGACGCCCUGGUCGAGCGCGACGCGUGCCGCGAUCGUCGCGUUGGGGGACUUGAGGUUCACGUUGCGGGCGAGGAACUUGAACCAGGUCGCGGCGGCAGGACCAAAGACGG